AUGCAACUGGUAUAUCUUACACAAGUGAAGCGUCACUAUGAUAAUUGGAUGUGUGGAGGAGCUAUUAUCUCUCGAUUUCAUAUACUAACUUCAGCAGCUUGCGUUGAAGACGUUACAGAUCUAUAUGCUAUCUCUGGAACGAUAUCCUAUGUACCACCACAGAGUAUCCUUACUAAUGGUUGCACGAAGAAUACCAAACGAAAAAUUGUCUAUACUUGCAUACCCAAAGAAUAUAAAUUGGAUUACAAGCAAGUUGAGACAUGGUCUUAUAAUGACAUAGCUGUAGUAAGAGUGGACAUUCAAUACGAUUUUAGCGAUCCACAAUAUGACAAACAUUGUCACUUUAGACCUAACUCGAUUCCAGUAAACUUUAAUAUAGCUAACGAAAAUAAAGGCAGGGAUGUCAUUACCUUCGGAUUUGGACACCAGAGUUAUUGGAGGAUGAAAUAUGUAAGAGAAGAUUAUAACUACCCUGAUCUUAUGUAUACGACGGCAAAGAUUUCUGAUCAAGGCAAAUGCAAGGCCGCAUACCAAAAACCUAAUUUAACUGAGAAAAUUGUGAAGUACAUGAUAUGCACGAAUGCUUCUGGGAACAUUGAUAUUAAUGGAAAAUUGAUUCAGAGACGUACAGAUAACGACCAUGGAGUUCCUCUUGUGACGUGGAUCAAUGAAGAGGAGACAGUUCUAGGAGUGGGCUCUGUGUUCAGAGUUGAUAAGGAUACGAAAUGCAUAGGACCUUUCCUAUACACGAGUACAGCCCGAAACAAAGUGUUUAUAGAGUGUCUUCUAGAGGAAACUAAGUAA